UUUUGUAUCUAUAGUCACUGGUAUACACUCGAAUAAUCGUAUAGAGGUUAAGAUAGUCUGUAUAAACAAAAUAAGAAUAUCGCAGAAAAAUAAGGAAAAUAAUAACUGCUAUAAAAACAUUAUCAUCAGGCAUGUAAGAAGAAGUGUAAUAUAUUCAUAAAAUGACAGACGAGAAAGCACAAACUCAAGAGUUUAAAUUAGAUCCAGACUGUGAAUUACGAUUCGAGGUUGAAUCGAAGAAUGAAAAAGUUACACUGGAGUUGAAAACUGGUUUGGCAGAAGUAUUCGGCACAGAACUAGUAAAAGGAAAGAAAUAUGAAUUCACUGCUGGAGCUAAAGUUGCUGUAUUUACUUGGCAGGGUUGUACGGUAGAAUUAGUUGGAAAAACUGACGUUAGUUACGUUGCCAAAGAGACUCCGAUGGGUCUUUAUUUAAAUUGCCAUGCUGCGAUGGAAAGGCUCAGAGAAAAUGCAGAGAAAGAUGACACCAGAGGACCGAUAACGAUGGUCGUUGGUCCCUGCGAUGUUGGAAAAUCUACGCUUUGUAGGCUUUUAUUGAAUUAUGCGGUUAGAAUGGGCCGCAGACCUAUCUUUGUGGAUCUAGAUGUUGGCCAAGGUCACAUAGCGAUACCAGGCACCGUUGGAGCAUUGUUAGUCGAACGUCCAUCUAGCAUAGUCGAAGGUUUCAGCCAACAAGCACCGUUGGUCUUUCAUUUUGGACACAAAUCUCCGAAUGCCAAUGUUGCUCUUUAUAAUCUUCUUGUAACACGACUUGCAGAAGUCUGUUCCGAUAGACUCCAAGCUAAUAAAAAGGCCAGAGUCUCAGGAAUUGUGAUAAAUACCUGCGGUUGGGUCAAAGGAGCUGGAUAUAAAUUAUUGACCCAUGCUGCUCAGGCUUUUGAGGUCGAUGCGAUUUUAGUACUAGAUCAAGAGAGACUUUACAACGAACUUGUUAGAGAUAUGCCGGAUUUUGUUAAAGUUGUUUUUGUACCAAAAAGUGGUGGGGUCGUGGAGAGGAGUCAAGCGCAGAGAGUGGAAGCUAGGGACCAAGGUGUUAGGGAAUAUUUUUAUGGGUCUAGAACUCCGUUGUAUCCGCAUAGUUUUGAAGUGAAAUGGAGCGAAGCCAGAUUGUAUAAAAUCGGAGCCCCCGUAUUACCCGCAUCCUGUAUGCCGCUUGGAAUGAAAGCGGAAGAUAAUCUAACUAAAUUAGUGGCUGUUACACCUGGACCGAAUCUUUUGCAUCAUUUAUUAUCAGUCUCGUUUGCUGAUUCACCGGAAGACGAUGUGGUACAAACUAAUGUCGCUGGAUUUGUCUGUGUAACCAAUGUCGAUGUAGAGAGGCAAACGUUCACAGUGCUAAGUCCACAGCCUAGGCCAUUGCCAAACACUGUUUUAUUACUUUCAGAUAUUCAGUUCAUGGAUAGUCAUUAAAAUUUUUAUACAGAAUAUUAUUUAAAAUAAAAAAAAAAUAAAUUUCUUAUUAUUAUACAUA